UGAGAUUCGCACUCCUAGUCCCAACCCUACUCUCACACACACUGCAGCGAGAACCAAAGAAAAAAAAAGCUUCUUCCAUUUUCCGAAAUCGAAGCAUUAGGGUUAGGGUUUUUUCCGAUCUGAGAAAUUCGCGGCCCAAUGGCGGAGGAACCGGAGAGCACCGUCACCACCGGCGCCGCCGACGAAUCGCUGCUCGAUAAGAUCACCGAGAAGCUUCACGGCCACGAUUCUUCGUCCUCUUCAUCUUCCGACUCCGACUCCGACUCCGAAAAAACCGUUACUUCCUCCGUUAAGGAUAAGGUUUUUCGCCUCUUCGGAAGGGAGAGACCCGUUCACUCCGUUUUCGGCGCCGGAAAACCUGCUGAUGUGUUAUUGUGGAGGAACAAGAAAAUUUCUGCUGGCAUGCUUGGCGGAGCCACUGCUGUUUGGGUUCUUUUUGAGUUGCUUGAGUAUCACCUUCUUACUCUGGUGUGUCACAUUUUGAUACUGUUGCUCGCAGUUCUGUUCUUGUGGUCCAAUGCCCAUACUUUCAUCCACAAAUCUCCACCUCGCAUUCCGGAAUUUCAUCUUCCAGAGGAGCCAUUCCUGCAAGUUGCGUCUGCAUUGAGAAUUGAAGUCAACCGGGGAUUUGCUGUUUUGCAUAGUAUUGGCUCUGGAAGGGACUUGAAGAAAUUCCUAGUGGUUAUUGCUAGCGUAUGGAUUCUGUCAAUUGUGGGGAACUGGUGCAAUUUCUUGACCCUGUUCUACAUAACUUUUAUCUUGUUGCACACGGUUCCUGUGCUAUAUGAGAAGUACGAUGAUAAGAUAGAUCCACUUGCAGAGAAGGCAGUUAUUGAGAUUAAAAAGCAGUAUGCUGUGUUUGAUGCUAAGGUCUUGAGUAAGAUCCCAUUGGGUCCAUUGAAAGCCAAGUUAUCUUAGUUGUUAAUCUUUGUAACAUCAGAAAGAAAGAGCUCCACUUGUUUGCUCAAGGAAGUUGCCAAGGCCAGUGUCUUUUAUCGAAUGUCGAUCUUUGCUAUGUUUGGGUUGGUUUUAGGCUGGGUAUGGUGUCAAUGGCAAUCAGUUUGGAUUAUCUUCAAAUAGUAAUUUCUCAGUAGUUUCUAACUGUGCAAGCAUAUGGGUUUUACUGGUUUCUUUUGAAGGUUUGUAUGAGUUCAAUCAAAUUGUUCUUGUAAGAUAAAAAUACUUGCAUGCUUCUUUUUAUUUUUAUUUAUUUAUUUAUUUAUAUUUUUAAGUAGCAUUCGUUACCGUCUGUGUUUUGGUGUUGGGUUCAUUAUGUAGAACAAUGUUCUAAAUAUCGGUUUGGUUAUGAAAUUUUGCCAAAAAACACGGUUCCUGUGGUUGAACCGGUAAAUA